CAUGGCAUGGAAGUGAAAUACCAGAACAUUCUAGGAAGAACCGAGAGCAUCCGCUUAUGAUAUUGGGACAUUUCAAUUAAGCGUUUCAAAUAUUAUCAAUUGAAAAAACCUGCAAUAAUUUCCUCUGUUACGCUAACACCCUUUCUUCAAAGAUGUCAGAACCGCCAUUUAGACCACGAGAGAAACUUAUUGAGAAGCAAAAGCAUUUCCAGAGUGUCCAUAAGCACACGUAUUUGAAAGGACCAUAUGACAAGAUUACCUCUGUUGCAAUACCACUCGCAUUGGCAGCAUCUUCAUUGUAUCUGAUUGGAAGAGGGAUCUACAACAUGUCACAUGGAAUAGGGAAGAAAGAAUGACUUACACUUUCUGAUUGAUUUCUGUGCUCAUAUGUUUGAUGCCUUGAUAAAUUUCUGUAAUUUUCAGACUUUGAUCACCAAAGGAAGUUCAAAACUUGGAAUGAAUAGUGUUCUCUAUUUGGUUGAUGUAACGAUGUAAUGGUGAUUCAGUACUUGUGUGUAAUAACUGGAUGUUCAUGUUCCUUUUU